AUGUCUCCCUCGGAGGUUCGCCCUUCGGCAAAAGAGCUAGGUGACAAUGGGUUUCCCAGCACCUCUGAUGCGGCCCCUGCCUCGAACAUUCUCGUGCCUACUCAUGGAAAAGCUACUUCUGCUGUUUUCAAUCACAGCCAGCUCCCAGAAUACACCACAAUAAUCGAGCCCGUCAGGGACAGCGAGUGCCACCCUCUGCCUUUUGAGGCCCCUGUACCACACCCUGUGUCUUCCGAGCCUCUUUCUCCUGUCCACAAUCCUCUGUUUUCUGAGGCCCAUCAGCCGCUUGAGUCUUCUUCUCCUGAUUCUGUCGAACAGCUAAACACUUACCGUCUCGUCUCAUCAACCCAAUCUACUACCGUUCCUGGCUUGACCCCUGCCAGAGAUAUUCAACCUGACAGAACCACCGUCAAUCCCAAAUACGGUGUGACACAGUUCGCAUGGGAUCAAAUCGAAUCGCAUCUCCGUUUCAUAGAGCGCAUUACCAAUAUCAGAGCUGAACGAAUUAUCCCCAACAUCAACAUGCCGGACACUAAUUCCGAGGUAUUCGACUUGUAUUACUCACUGGCCGAGCAGUGCGAGGCACUCGAGAUUGAGAUUGGCCUGCCUCCCUCCCCCUCGCUCCCGGAGAAUACACAAUCUGUGGCCAAAUUGCCUGCGAUAGCCCGUCUCAACUUCUACCGGGAGGAGUUGGGCCGCGAAAAGAUUGGUAGUCCCCCUUCGGCCUGUGACUUCCAUAGAGGUCCCCGCCCCGACUCGAUUAAAGUGCGUGGUUUGCACUUUUUGGGGCAAUAUUGCAAGCGGCUCACGGACGUCAAGGAGGCCUUCGAUGAAGAAGCAGAGGGGUUGCGCGCGUGUGUGAUCAAGAAAUACGAGGCGGAACGCGACGACCCAAACAACAGCACAGUCUCCGACAUUAAUACCGAAUUGAUCGAUGCCCUUGUUGCCAAAGUUGAGAGGGGCGAGGCAACCACCGUGAGGCUGCCUCAAAAGAAGAAGAAACGCAACAAGGGCAUCAAGAAGCGAAGGAAGCCGGCCAAGAAGGGCAACCAGGAAAACACCCCUGGUCUGCCACCUCAGUGUCAGCCCCAGUUCGAAUCCGAGGCGGCAGCUCCUUGUGAGUUUGACACUGAGGUGGCUGUGGAGCCAAAAGAAAAGGCUCUAAAGGAGAAGAACAACAGAAAGGGUGGCAAGGCGGCCAAGGUCAUGGCUGCUCAGGUGCGAGUUGGUCGUUACCUUACUCAAGAGUCAUCUGAGGCCGAGACUGACUCAUUUGCUGCCGACACUGAGCAUCUGAGUAAGGCCAAAUCAAUGGCCAUGGUCAGCGAAGAAAAGCUUGGGGCUCCCGUUCCGGGAAACUUCAUUUACGAGUCAGACACAGACUCCAGGGCUGUGAUCCCAACCCCAGGCUCUUCUGAGCCAUUCACGGGCCUUGCUGCCCUUUCUCAAGAGAUCUCAACAGACCCUCCACUCCCUCUUCCGGCUGGCAGACCGUCCACCGGAAGAAGGUCCACCGGAAGAUCUUCCCUCGAGAGAGAUUCCACCACACGUGCUUUAGUGUCCUCUGUUUCCAUCGGCAACGCCGAAAAGAUGAUCGGCGCCGAGGACCCAACCCCUUCCCCUCCAACGCCUCCAAUCCCCACUCCUCCCCAAAAGCUCGCGGCCUUGUCAACCGCCGAGUCUGGCAGCGCAAACCCUGACGAGAUAGACGCAGACGCCCGGGGAAUUGAGGGUGAGACCGCAACUUGGUCUCUCCUCAUGAACCCGUGGGCCCGGCCAGACACCGCGGCCGGCCGUCUGCUUGAUGCCCAGUACCACCGGUCUGGGGUCCAAAUUGUCUCAUCGGAGGAAGCUGUCACCCGGGAGGAACGCCUCACCGAGCCGGAGGGCUCGUGUCGCGCUUCGGGAUCCGGUAUGUGCGGUUUCUACCGUGCAUGCUGCUACCACCGGCAACGGGAUCUGUGCGGCUGUCCGCCAGGCAGAUCUUGUUGCUGUCUUCACCACGCAGGAGACUGCUGUCACUGCCUUGGCACUCAUGGCGCCUCGGCGGAGCUGUUGAGUGAGCACCCUGAUGGGGCACUCAUUCGCCCCUGGGUUCCCCGUCAGGGUUCCCUGGGUAGUAACACUGUUCCUUUGCGUUCGAGGGCACUUACUAGCUAA